AUGGUCAACAUCGGCCAUCGGUUACGUAAUCUCGACUCACUCCUCAACCUUAGGACCGGCCCCGGCGCCGCCAUACUCCCGAAAGAUGUAACACGGAUACACAUGCGCUUUGCGCUCCGUUUAGAAGGAGGACACAUGGGGCCAAGAAAGUUCUUCAGGGAAAAUUUACCGCGGCUCAAAUUCCAUAACCCAACUAUACCUAUGAUUGUGCAGCGCAACGACGACAACGCGGGGCCCGCCACCCUCUCCAUCUACUUCCGCGAGGCCACCGGGUCCGCCACGGCUGCCGAGACCCCAUGGGGUAUUACGUCGUCGAGGGUGAUGGACGGCUCUAUAGAACCGCCCGCGCCAGGCCCGGGCGAGCGCGUACUCACCAUCAACAUGAGAGGGGCUCACUCGGAAAAGAUCCUAAAGGAUUUCUUGACCAAGACUGGCGCGGUGGCGGUUCCGAUAUCGCCGCGGGAUGAGGCGCUGAAGCGCAAGCUUGAGGAGCUGGAGGUUUACGCUGAGAUUGAUCGGGCUCGUGUCCUAAAGGAGCAUCAGGACUACAAGCGGGAGAAGAGGAUGCUCGAACAGGCCCAGUCGGAGGCGGCGGCUCUCAAGGCCGAGAUGGAGUAG